GACACGGAGGGGCGCGCGCACAUGUACGAGUGUGUUUGAACCAAUGAACGCGUACGCGCGCGCCAUUGGCUCACCGGCAGCCGGAGUGGCAGUGUGCAGACGGGCUCGAGUCGGAGCAUCUGGGCCCAGCUGCGCAGAGAUGCAGCGUACGUAGACGCAACAUGCGGGCACACCACCGCGGCUCUUCCCCGAUAUCAUGGUUAAAACACCGUUAAGAUAGGUUGUUGUGGGUUUUAUUUGUUUUUUUAAUGGCGGCGCUGAAAUCGAGGUGAUCCGCUCGCCAGCGGGAGUAUAGUGCGCACUCCUUUCUCGUUUUUUUUUGUUUUUUUUUUUGUUUUUUUUUUGCUGGGGCUAGUAGUCAACGCAGAUAAAUCCGCUCUAUUAUUAUUUUUUCUUCUUCUUCUACCUGCUAUUGCAUAAGGAAUCAUGACAACGGGACAGGAUGAAAGCUCUGUCCGUGUGGCAUUGAGGAUUCGUCCUCAGCUGGCCAGGGAGAAGAUUGAGGGAUGUCACAUCUGUACGUAUGUGAUGCCUGGAGAGCCCCAGGUGAUCCUGGGGAAAGACAAGGCCUUCACCUACGACUUUGUGUUUGAUAUGGACUCGCAGCAGGAGACCAUCUACGGUACCUGCACAGAGAAGCUGAUCGAAGGCUGUUUCGAGGGCUACAAUGCCACUGUGUUUGCAUAUGGACAGACUGGUUCAGGGAAGACAUACACCAUGGGGACUGGCUUCGAUGUCAACAUAGUAGACGAAGAGCUGGGUAUCAUCCCCCGUGCGGUCCACCACCUCUUCAAGGGCAUUGAAGAGCGCCGGCGGACCGCCCAGGAGCAGGGACGUCCUGUACCAGAGUUUAAAAUCAACGCACAGUUCCUUGAGCUUUACAACGAGGAAGUUCUGGACCUGUUUGACUCAACUCGAGACAUGAAACAGAAAUCUCACAUUAAGAUCCAUGAAGAUGCCAACGGAGGAAUCUACACAGUGGGAGUGACCACACGGACGGUGUCCUCCGAGGCUGAGAUGAUGCAGUGCCUGAAACUGGGGGCUCUGUCUCGCACCACAGCCAGCACUCAGAUGAACGUCCAAAGCUCCCGAUCUCAUGCCAUCUUCACCAUCCACCUGUGCCAAGUCCGCGUCUGUGCCUCUGACAAUCAAGAAAAUGACACUGAUAAUCGAGUCACCAACGGUAACUCUGAGAUGGACGAGUAUGAGACACUGACGGCCAAGUUUCACUUUGUGGACUUGGCCGGUUCGGAGCGGCUGAAAAGAACUGGAGCGACGGGUGAUCGAGCCAAAGAGGGCAUCUCCAUUAACUGUGGACUGCUCGCUCUGGGGAAUGUAAUCAGCGCUCUGGGUGACCGGGGCAAGCGGGCCUCACACGUGCCUUACAGAGACUCCAAACUCACCCGACUCCUGCAGGACUCAUUAGGAGGAAACAGCCAAACGGUGAUGAUUGCAUGCAUCAGUCCAUCUGACCGUGACUUCAUGGAAACUUUGAACACAUUAAAAUAUGCGAACAGAGCCCGGAACAUCAAGAACAAGGUGAUGGUGAACCAAGACAAGGCCAGCCAGCAGAUCAGCGCUCUGAGGACGGAAAUAGCUCGACUGCAGAUGGAGCUCAUGGAGUAUAAGACGGGUAAGCGUUUGGUGGGUGAGGACGGUGUGGAAAGCUUGAGUGACAUGUUCCACGAAAACUCCAUGCUGCAGACGGAGAACAGCAACCUGAGGGUGAGGGUGAAGGCCAUGCAGGAGACCAUCGAUGCUCAGCGGGCACGACUCACCCAACUGCUCAGUGACCAGGCCAACCAGACCCUCGCCCGUGCAGGUGAAGGAGGCACAGAGGAAAUUGGAAACAUGAUUCAGAGUUACAUUAAAGAGAUUGAAGACCUUCGGGCAAAACUCCUGGAGAGCGAGGCUGUCAGUGAGAAUUUGAGGAAGAAUCUGUCCCGUGCCUCCAACCGUCAGUCAUUCUAUGGAGGGUCCAGCUCCUUUUCCUCCACUCUUCUGGCCCCCGAGAAGGAGACUGCUGACAUCAUCGAACUCGCUAAGAAAGAUCUGGAGAAACUGAAGAAACGAGAAAAGAAGAAGAAGAAAAGCGUCAACAAAGAAGAAGUUCCUGACAAUGAGCAAGAAAAGGGUACAGAGAAGGAAAUGACAGAGAGGGCCAGUGAGGACACGGAAAUGGAGGUCCAGGAGGGCAGUGACCAUGAGGAGGGAGAAGGAGAGGAAGAGGAAGAAGAGGAGGAGGAAGAGAUGGAUGUAGAGGAGAGCUCUGAUGACUCUGACUCAGAGUCAGAUGAAAAAGAGAAUUACCAGGCAGAUCUGGCCAACAUCACCUGUGAGAUUGCCAUUAAACAGAAGCUGAUUGACGAACUGGAGAACAGCCAGCGUCGUCUACACACACUGAAACAGCAGUACGAACAGAAGCUGAUGAUGCUGCAGUGCAAGAUCCGAGACACCCAGCUGGAGAGGGACCGCGUCCUCCAAAACAUGAGUUCGGUAGAAACUGGUACAGAGGACAAGGCUCGCAAAAUCAAGGCUGAAUAUGAGAAGAAGCUGAGCAUCAUGAACAAGGAGCUUCAAAAGCUCCAGUCAGCCCAGAAGGAGCAUGCCCGCCUACUCAAGAACCAAUCACAGUACGAGAAACAGCUGAAGAAGCUUCAGAUGGAUGUGGCAGAAAUGAAGAGGACUAAGGUCCGUCUUAUGAAGCAGAUGAAGGAGCAACAGGAGAAGAACAGGAUGAACGAGUCUCGCAGAAACCGAGAAAUAGCUUCUUUGAAGAAGGACCAGCGCAAGCAGGAGCAUCAGCUAAAGUUGCUGGAGGCUCAGAAAAGACAGCAGGAGCUUAUUCUGAGGAGGAAGACUGAGGAGGUGACAGCUCUGAGGAGGCAGGUCAGGCCUACCUCGGGUAAGGUGAUCCGAAGGGUCAAUCUUCCAGAACCAGUCCAGGACUCCUCACACAGACCCCCGUCUGGACGCAUGUACUCCUCCAGCACCAGUGCUCCCAAUGGCACUUGGUCUUCUUACAGGCGCACAGGAAGUGUUUACAGCACCAGAAUGGCUCGUAACAAAUGGCAGUCCCUGGAGCGGCGGAUCUCUGAUGUCAUCAUGCAGAGGAUGACCAUCUCUAAUAUGGAAACCGACAUGAACCGCCUUCUCAAGCAAAGGGAGGAGCUCACCAAGCGCAAGGAGAAGGUCCUCAGGAAGAGGGACCGGUUGCUCAGAGAGGGGCCAGAGGCAGAGAAGACUGUUCUUCCCAUCAAUGAGGAAGUGGAAGCAUUGACAGCCAACAUUGACUAUAUUAAUGACAGUAUUGCAGAUUGUCAGGCCAACAUCAUGCAGAUGGAGGAAACCAAGGAGGAAGGUGACACUGUGGACGUCUCUGCUGUGAUUGGUUCCUGUACUCUGACAGAGGCUCGUUUUCUCCUUGAUCACUUCAUGUCAAUGGCAAUUAACAAGGGCCUGCAGGCAGCUCAGAGGGAGUCUCAGGUGAAGGUGAUGGAGGGCAGAUUGAAGCAGACUGAGAUUACCAGCGCCACACAGAACCAGCUGCUCUUUCACAUGCUGAAGGAGAAAGCAGAGUUUAACCCAGAGCUGGACGCGCUGCUGGGGAAUGCUUUGCAAGAGCUAGGUAACAUCCCGCCUGAAAACGGGGACGAUAGCAGCAGUGAUGAAUCGGCCCAGAGCCCCUCUGCAGAGGGAAACACUCUGGCUACAGAUUUCAUGAAACUUUGUGGAGAGACCAAAACAAGGAAUAAGGCUCGCAGGAGGACAACCACUCAGAUGGAGUUGCUCUACGCUAACAGUGACUCUGCACCUGACGCACCUACUGUCGACUUUUCUAGUCCGAUGUUGCCGUUAGCUGAAACACCAGAUGCGGGCGGAGACAUGGACUUGUCAGGCUCAGUCAGGGACUACGCAGCUCUCUCCCCUGGCUUUUCCUCUAAAAUGGGCAGCAUUUCUGGCUCCAGAAAUCUGCCAGGCGUGGAAAAGCGAGCUCCUGAGCCUUCCCCACUCUCGCGCAGGAAGACCUAUGACAAGGCACAAGCAGCGGCUGAAAGGGCAAAGGUCAAGGACAUUAAACAGGGCGUCAUUAACCCGGUCCCACCCACCAAGAGCAGCCGGUCGUCGACAUUACAGUGUGUUCACGUGGCGGAGGGACACAGUAAAGCUGUUUUAUGUGUUGACUGCACUGACGACCUGCUGUUCACAGGAUCCAAAGACCGGACCUGUAAGGUGUGGAAUCUGGUGACGGGUCAGGAGAUAAUGUCUCUAGCAGGUCACCCCAACAAUGUGGUGUCAGUCCGUUAUAGCUCUAGUUUGGUCUUUACUGUCUCUACCUCCUACAUCAAAGUCUGGGACAUUCGGGACUCGGCCAAAUGCAUCCGCACACUAACGUCUUCUGGUCAAGUUAAUGUUGGGGAUGCCUGUGCGUCCAACACCAGCCGGACAGUCACCAUCCCUGCAGGAGAGAACCAGAUCAACCAGAUUGCGCUCAACCCCAACGGCACAGUCCUGUACGCUGCUGCUGGAAACUCUGUCAGGGUCUGGGACCUGAGAAGGUUUGCCUCUACUGGAAAGCUUACUGGUCACCUUGGUCCAGUUAUGUGCUUGACUGUGGAUCAGUCUGGAAACAACCAAGACCUGGUUAUCACUGGCUCCAAGGACCAUUACAUUAAGCUGUUUGACGUGACUGAAGGCUCUCUGGGAAGCAUCAGCCCUACACACAACUUUGAACCACCACAUUAUGACGGUAUCGAGUCUCUGGUAAUCCAAGGGGACAUUUUCUUCAGCGGCUCCCGAGACAAUGGCAUCAAAAAGUGGGACCUAAACCGUAAAGACCUACUGCAGCAAGUCCCAAAUGCUCACCGUGACUGGGUUUGUGCACUUGGUGUCGUCCCUGGAUCACCAGCCCUGCUGAGUGGAUGCAGAGGCGGGGUGCUCAAGCUGUGGCACACAGACACUCUAGGGACACUGGGAGAGCUCAAGGGUCACGAGAGCCCCAUCAACAGCAUCUCUGCCAACAGCAGCCACCUGUUCACCGCCUCCGAUGAUCGGACUGUGAAGAUCUGGCGUGCACGUGGUGGACUGGACGGCACCUUGGAAGUGGUUGACAGUGUAGACGAGGUUGCAAGUAACUGAACACGGUACCACUUGCCUGGUUUGACUCUAGAAGGACGUAAAGGCACUCCUGCCCUGCACUUUGACCCCUUAACUUUUCAAGCCUAAACGACACACCUUCCAUAUCAUGUGACGUUCAUGACUGAGCCGACAGGAAACGGUAGUAAUCUCAUCACAGUGGAAGCUAACACAUUAGUUCUUUUCUUUGACUCUGUGUGCUUAGAGGGUCUUACUAAUCAGGAUUUAGUUAACUGUAUUGUUAAUGACUUCUAUUUCUCUCUUCUUGCACUGUAGACGGUUUGUCAUUAUUGUCAUCAUUAUAAGAACUUAUAUUCACAAGAUACUAUAGGAUGUGGUGAACACACAGUAGACACUAUCAGUGCAGCUCGGCUUACAAGCAGCGCAGUGCAACGAUACAAGACAUGCAACCCUGCCAAAAAAGGAUGUGGUGUUUUGUACAGAGUACAGAAAUACAUGCGUGCGGCAGAGCUAAUGGGUUGGUAGCUGGUCUUCACAACCCACUUCUCCACUUUGUUGAGAUUGUUUCUCUGCACUUGAAACACAAGUGUUAUUCCGUCACUCCUGUUUCCAAGAGCAAGAAAAGUGGCUGUGUGUGAGAAAGACAAAUCACUCUACCCCUUAACAUCCUACUCUUGCUUCUGUGCUCCCUUCAGUUUCUGCAGCAGCUUUAGAUCAGUGACCAAAAAUGUGUGACGUGUUGUUAUUGCUGUCCUCAACUGCACUUGUAAACAGAACACACUUUACAGUAGCUAAAGUUUGACGUUUAGGGAAAUAAGCUCACUUGCUUUCGACACUGCAUGUCUUUUGACUGUGGGAGGAAUCCAGAGUACCUGGAUUCAAACCCAGGACCCUUCUGCUGAGAGGCAGGAGAAGGGUCCUGGGUUUUCAGGUACAACCCAGAGCUUGAAUGGCAGUUUAGUGAAGGAGUCUUCAGUGUCAAGUCAAGAAGCAUGAUCAUCAUUACCCUUCAGUCAUAAAAGGCGGCUGGGGUACUGUUGUCACCCUGCCAGAGUGCACCAUGGACAAGAUGACAUAGGAUUUCAAAUUGAUACCAUAGCUGUAGCUACUAAAAAUCUCAGAUGAGUUGAAAUCCAGAGUUUUUAAAAAUCUUGUCAUGAAAGAAGUUGCCAAGGAUUUUGAAAUUUAUACAAUAGGUGCAUCUACUGGAAGCCUGUAGGGUAACUUUCUUCUGCAUUCACUGGGUUGAGCGCUCCAAGAAUUCAUCUUCUGGGGGUCAGGCUGUACAUCCUGAAGGGUCUGAGGAACAAGAUCGAGUAGAAACGAACCAAACUUAAAGAAUCUUUGCUCACCAACUCAACAACUCCAUAGUCACAAGGUUUAAAACUUAUAAUGCUAACAUUUUGACAUAGUGGAGGCAGUGCAUCACAGGUGUGCAAGUGGUCAGGAAAGGUUUUAUAAUAAUGACAGCCAUUUGAAGACCUAUGAGGGGCAAUUGAGCAAAUGUAGUAAAAAUCUUGAAUUUAUCUGGUAAGUGCUGCAGUGGUUAACACAGGCCCCUCACAGGAAGCAGGUCCUGGUGUGAAUCUGGUAGCUGACUGAGGCCUCUGUGUCCCUGUUCCUCUGUGGAUUGUUUCUGGUUUCUGCAUCCUCCCACAGCUUAAAGACACGCACCAUGAAUGAAAUUGGGAUUCUAAAUUUUCCAAAGGCAGAAAUGUGAGAAAAUUAGUUGAUGAAGAUUUUAUCCGAUGCAGUUUUUGUUUUUUAAUGGGUGGAACUUUAUCAUAGGAUCUCAUAUACCUUUAACCGCUGAGCACAUGUAAAAAAAACAAAAAUCAACACAAUUAGUCUCUGAGAUUCACUUAAUCCUUCUUAAAUGUGAGCAGGUUGAGCACCGAUGAAAGUCUGCACUUGUUGUUUAUGUUUCAUUGUGUGUACCAAUAUAUCUUCACUCUUCACACAUGCUGAUAACACUCACUAAACCUACACUGCUAAGUUGUGGUCUAAUUCCCAUGCUGCUAAGACACGUUCACCUUCUCAACCCUAUAAGAGGGCUUCUUGUCGUGGGCUCCAGGUGAGGUCCACUCAGUACCGUAGUUGUGUAUGUGUGUAUAUAAGUGUAAUGGUAUCUCUUUGUUGUUGAGAGGAGAGGCCUUCUGACGCAACCAGUGUUAUUUUCCUGACUAUUGACUCAACAUCUGUCUCUCAGUUCUGAUCUUUGUGGGGCCUUCCUGGAGGCACUCGUGGUCUCUGCAGUUUAACUGACCUGCCUGUCACGAUUGUGUGCUGUCAUUUAUGAAUGUUUGGUGAAACAGCAGCUGUAGGAAUUAUUCAACUACAUAUAAAAUGUAUGUAAACAAUGUCUGUUUAAAACAAAAAACUAAUCUGACUGAAUGUUAGUUUUGUGGGACCACCGAUCUGAACGUAGUCUCACACUAGAGCCCAGAGGACCGUGAAUGGCACAAAGACUGACGAGUACAUCAGUAAUGCUUUGGACUGAGCUUUUCCUUCAGACAGGUGGCAGGUUACGUUUAGUGGCCUUUGGUUAGUUUCUUUUCUUUGUUCUGUUUGUUAUGCCCUUCUUCUUCCAUGUACCCAUGGCGCGCCCCCUCCUGUUUUAGGAGUCGUUCCCCAAUGGCUGACUCUGUAGCGAUUCUAAUGUCAGAUGCCUGGUCAGAAUAAAUGCCAUCUGUCAAAAACAA